AUGCCUGUUGCUGUAAGCUCCACCAGCGCCGCUGAUACUGGUGAGCUAGUACGUCAGACGUCCGCAAUGGAGAUUAAUGCACAGCCAUGGUUAGAGAGCACCCACGAGCUUCAUAAGAUUCAGACGCUGAAAGAGAUUUCCCUCGGCAACUGUCGUCUUCUUUACGGCAGCGAGCGAUUCAAGUUCUACGGUAGAGCCCUCGUACCAAUGCUGAACACCGGAAUUGACACGAGGCUAGAUAUCGUCAUCUGCGAGGAUGAAGGCACCAAAAGAUUCGCUGCUAUUCUAACAUGCAAUCAAGACGGCCAGACAAAGCUGUUGCGCACCGAGUUGAGCGCGUGCCCUAUCGUAGCGGUUCGCACUCUGGUAGAUGGUCUUCAAAAAGACACAGCCAAGCUAUUUCUCAAAUACUCAGUGGGUUCGCAGAUUCGAGGCCAGCAAGGAUUCACCAACAAGGAGACUGGCAAGUUCGAGUUGUGGGACGAGGCACAGGAGAAGCGUAUUCGUGGUCCUGACGACGACACGCAGGGCCUUGUUCGUAGCUGGAGUGACGCACCCGGUGCUGAUGGUCGGCCCCUUCCAAAUCGCCGUGACGACGGCUAUCAUGGUCGGAACAACAAACGCAUUAGGCCUGUCGAACGUUCGGAGAAGCCCAUGGUUGAGGCGGAGAUUACUGAUCUCGAUUACUAUGAUUAG